AAAGCGCAUUUGACCAACAGCACCAAACAGGACGUUACCAGCCAAACAGCCGGUUCCUUUGUUGUCACAACAUGUCUGGAAGAGGUAAAACCGGAGGGAAGGCCCGCGCGAAGGCCAAAUCUCGUUCAUCCAGAGCUGGACUUCAGUUUCCAGUCGGACGUGUACACAGAUUGCUACGCAAGGGAAAUUACGCCGAGCGCGUAGGCGCAGGAGCCCCCGUGUAUUUGGCCGCUGUCCUGGAGUACCUGACGGCUGAGAUCCUCGAGCUGGCCGGGAACGCAGCCCGGGACAACAAGAAAACAAGAAUUAUCCCCCGGCACCUACAGCUGGCUGUCCGAAACGACGAGGAGCUCAACAAGCUUUUAGGCGGCGUUACCAUCGCCCAGGGCGGAGUGCUCCCAAACAUCCAGGCAGUGCUGCUGCCCAAGAAAACCGAGAAGCCAGCCAAGAGCAAGUAAACGGGGCUUCGCGACCAUGGACAAUGACACAAACGCAGCUAGUCCGAGUAAUGUUCUGUUCCCUACUUCACGUUUAUUGUGUUUGUUUUAAUGAAGACGACAGCUGCAUCUUGUAAACUUUCGUUUAUUUUAUUUUAUUUUUUUUGAUGUUUUGGACUGACGCACUCCCUCACACAACAGAAAGAGACCUACACCACCACUGGCUAUAUAUGGCCACGAGACAUUAAACCUGCCAUCACGGUGGACUUUCCUUGCUGAGAGAAAAAAAAGCAACUCCAUUUGUGGGGUGAAUGAACAUCAGUGUUUUCAUUGUACAUGGACCAAUGUUGGUUGCCUUUUAUUUGUCACUGCUUUAAAAUACAUGAAAGUCAUGUCCUUUAAUCUGCUGUUCAGUGGUUAUGUUGUUGUUUGAAUAAAUGUUAAGAGCCAGUGGAUGGCACAAAGAC